CUUCGCCAGCUCUGUGCAGUCUGGAUUCUCAUUCCUGUACCCUGUGACAGCAGUGGCAGUCAUGGAGAUGGAUGCCACCAGUGACACCGUGGAAGUGCUACCCCAGCACAAGUUCGACAUCAGGUCCCUGGAGGCCUACCUGAAUCAGCACUUGCCUGGCUUUGGGUCAGAUCCCCGGGCUGUGCUGACUGUUACUCAAUACAGAUCAGGACAGUCCAAUCCAACCUUUUUCCUCCAGAAAGGCUCCCAAGCCUACGUUCUCAGGAAGAAACCACCGGGCUCUCUUCUUCCCAAAGCUCACAAGAUUGAUAGAGAAUUCAGAGUUCAGAAAGCCUUGUUUUCCAUUGGAUUUCCUGUUCCCAAGCCUCUGCUGUACUGCAGUGAUGCGUCCAUCAUCGGAACAGAAUUUUACGUGAUGGAGCAUGUGCAGGGCCGCAUCUUUCGUGAUUUUUCAAUUCCUGGAGUUAGCCCAGCAGAACGUGCAGCCAUAUAUGUGGCUGUGAUAGAAACCUUGGCAUGGCUACAUUCACUGGAUGUACAGUCCCUGCAGCUGGGCAGAUAUGGUACUGGAGUCGGGUACUGCAAAAGACAGGUGUCCACCUGGACAAAGCAGUACCAGGCUUCGGCCCAUCAGAACAUCCCUGCUAUGGACCAGCUCUCCACGUGGCUAAUGAAGAACUUGCCAGAUAAUGACAAUGAGGAGUGCCUGAUUCAUGGAGACUUCAAGCUUGAUAACCUAGUUUUCCACCCCAAAGAGUGUCGAGUGAUCGCAGUGUUGGACUGGGAGCUGUCAACCUUCGGCCAUCCUUUGUCAGACUUAGCCCAUCUUUCCUUGUUUUAUUUUUGGCCGAGGACACUGCCCAUGAUAAACCGAGGCUCUCACAUUCAAGAGAACACAGGAAUACCAUUGAUGGAAGAACUGAUUUCAAUAUACUGCCGUCACAGAGGAAUUGAUCCUGAUCUUCCAAACUGGAAUUUCUUUCUGGCCCUUUCGUUUUUUAAAUUGGCUGGAAUAGCACAGGGGGUCUAUAGUAGAUACCUCUUGGGAAAUAAUUCAUCUGAGGACAGCUUUCUGACUGCCAAUACUGUGAAACCUCUGGCAGAAACUGGAUUACAGCUCUCAAAAAGAACUUUGAGUACUGCACCACCACAGGCUGACCCUAAAAGCCAGCUGUUCGCCCAGACCAGGAGAGGCCAGGAAGUUCUCGCUAAAGUGAAGCAGUUCAUGAAGCAGCACAUUCUUCCUGCCGAAAAGGAAGUAGCUGAAUACUAUGCUCAAAGUGGAAACUCGGCAGGAAAGUGGGGGCACCCCUUAGUGAUCGAGAAACUAAAGGAAAUGGCCAAAGCAGAGGGUCUGUGGAACUUGUUCUUGCCAGCUGUGAGCGGUCUCAGCCAGGUCGACUAUGCCUUGAUUGCUGAAGAGACAGGAAAAUGCUUUUUUGCUCCAGAUGUUUUUAACUGCCAAGCACCAGACACAGGCAACAUGGAGGUAUUGCACCUGUAUGGCAGUGAGCAACAGAAGCAGCAGUGGCUGGAGCCUCUCCUGCGUGGGGAUAUCACCUCUGUCUUCUGUAUGACAGAGCCCAAUGUUGCAUCAAGCGAUGCCACAAACAUUGAAUGUAGCAUCGAGCGAGAUGGAGAUGGCUACAUAGUUAACGGCAAGAAGUGGUGGAGCAGUGGAGCUGGGAAUCCCAAGUGCAAAAUUGCAAUUGUUUUGGGAAGAACGGAGACAGCUUCUGCAUCCAGACACAAACAACACAGCAUGAUUCUUGUUCCAAUGGACACACCUGGAGUAGAAUUAAUAAGGCCUUUGUCAGUGUUUGGCUACAUGGAUAACGUACACGGUGGGCACUGGGAGGUCCAUUUUAAUCACGUGCGAGUUCCUGCUACCAAUUUAAUACUGGGUGAAGGCAGGGGCUUUGAAAUCUCCCAAGGCCGCCUUGGACCUGGAAGAAUCCACCACUGUAUGAGAACCGUGGGUUUGGCCGAACGCAUCCUACAGAUCAUGUGUGACCGGGCAGUGCAGAGGGAAGCCUUCAAGAAGAAGCUGUACGAGCAUGAGGUCGUGGCUCACCGGAUUGCUAAAAGUCGCAUAGCCAUCGAGGAGAUCCGCUUGCUGACCUUGAAAGCAGCGCACAGCAUAGACACUCUAGGCAGUGCCUCGGCCAGGAAGGAGAUUGCAAUGAUCAAAGUGGCUGCCCCAAAUGCUGUCUGCAAAAUAGCUGACUGGGCCAUCCAGGUGCACGGAGGCGCAGGCGUUUGCCAGGAUUACCCUCUGGCCAACAUGUAUGCCAUAAUACGGACCCUGCGCUUAGCAGACGGGCCUGACGAAGUCCAUCUCUCAGCAAUCGCCAAAAUGGAGCUCCAGGACCAAGCCAAACGGCUGACAGCCAGGAUGUGAGGGAGCUGCCCUGCUCUAUCCUGUGGCGGAGAGGGUGGGGCACACACUUACCCAGCUCCAAAACUUAAGUCUCACAUUUCUGCAAUAGUUUGAGCACAAGGCUAAUCACUCAUCUAUGGCCAA